AUGCCUCUUAAACCUUCGUUCAAAGAAGUUGCAAACGGAAUUUUUAAAACAAAAGCCAAGAGUGUAGAUUUUAAAAAUAAUAGCGAAAAAGUGCUGAAGAGGGUGAACAGAUGGGUUAAGAAAGAAACCAAUGGAUUAAUACAAGAUAUCCUUCCUAAUGGAUCUAUUGAUAUACAUACAAUGGUUAUAUUAGCGAAUGCACCCUAUUUCAAAGGAUUAUGGAAGCAAAAUCAAUUUGGGCCAUCGCUUACAAAGAAAUCAAAGUUCUUUCUUCUUGAUGGUAAUAACUCAGUAAAAAUUCCCUUCAUGUCGAGUACUAAGAAUCAAUGUAUUAUUUGUUUUGAUAACUUCAAAGUACUUCAACUCCCAUACCAAUCAAGAACGCAAGAAACUGAUUUUCCGUUCAAACCGAGUAAUAAUCCAUAUUUUUAUAUGUGUAUAAUUUUACCUGACCAACUAGAUGGACUAGGCGAACUUAUAGAAAAGGUGAGUUCUGAUUCAGCUGGUUUUCUGGAUCGACAUGUCUCGCUAUAUCAUCCAUAUGUUCAAACGACGAAAUUCAAGAUUCCGAAGUUCAAUAUCCUUUUAGAUUUCGAAGUAUCACGAGUACUCAAGGAGUUGGGUAUAGUUUUGCCUUUUGAUGACUCUAAAGCACAGCUGACUGAGAUGGUUAAUAUUGAUAAUCCUAGUAAUAUACACAGGCUUCAUGUUUCAAAGGUUUAUCACAAGUGUUUUCGUGAAGUUGAUGAACAAGGAACUGAAGCUGCUGCAUCUACCGUUAGUCGUAGUAUGCUCCGUGGAUAUUGUCGCCGUAGUCCCCCACCUCCUCCUCCUCCUGUCGAUUUUGUUGUGAAUCAUCCUUUCAUGUUUAUUAUCAGAGAGGAAACUAGUGGAAUGGUGUUGUUCAUGGGACAUGUCCUUGAUCCUUCGUUAAACUCGUGA